AUGUUUGACUUUGAUAUUUCCACUGGAAAGCGAAGGCGAACAGAGUUCAAACGAGGCUGUAAGGUGCCCUCAUUAGUACCAUACAAAGAUGUGAUGAAAUUCAUAUCAGAACAAAAGAUUGGGACCCUUCACAAUAUACCUCAGGCCAGGGCUGACAGUGAAAUUGAGGACAGUGAAGAUGUUAAUCAGAAUCUGUUACCACUUGUACCUGGUCAUUUCAUUGACUUGCAAGAACGUUUGUUACACAUGGCUAAUUUGUAUCUUCAUAUUGACAGUUACAGGCCAAAUUUUCUGAGUUGGUUUGAAAAGGAAAGGGGCAAUUUUUUAGUGGCAAUUGGAGCAGACGGUGCUCCUUUUGGUAAAUCGAAUGGAGCAUGUGCUUGGCUGGUUUCAUUUAUAAAUGUUACAGAAAGAGUGUCAAGCCCUUAUGACAAUUUCCUAAUUUGUGGUGGUAAUUGUGCUGAAGACCACCCAUCAAUGUUAGAGUGUGGCAAACUUGUAAGAUCACAAAUCAGUGUUUUGGAAAAGCAAACAUUUACCAUAAAAGGCCAACAGGUAAAAUUUUCCUUCAAAAUGGUGCCCUCGGAUAUGAAAUGGCUGAGUAAAUUUUCAGGUGAAAUUAGCAAUGCAGCUACAUACCCAAAUCCCUUGGCCAAUGUGGAUCAGAAAGGUUUGUCAGAGAGAGGUUGUACUCUGGGUACUGGUCCAGGAGAUAAAUGGAAACCUUGGGCCUAUGAUUUUAGAAUGCAGGUUGCUAAAAAAGUUUCACAGUUUGAGGAAAAACAAUCAAAACCAACCAAUGCAUCUCAAAUGCAAACUUUCCGCAACAAGGUGUGCCAAUUCAUAGCUAAACUUAAAUCCAGACAAGAGUAUGAACCAAUACUUGGUCCUCUUGUCCUAAAUGCAAAGGCUGACAGUCUCCAUGUUGGCAACAACUGCUGGGGACAUUGGUUCAAGAAGGUUUUUAGCACCAUCCUAGCAAAUGCAAAAGUGGGCUCAAAUGUGAAGUCAGUUUUCCAGCUUCCAGAACACAACCCUUUGCGCAAACAUUUAAAGACCUUAAGGUUUAAAUUGAAGUGCAAAAAGCUGUACAACAAGAUUUGUCGUUGGUUUAAGGAAAAGCGAAAAUCUGGUGAUUUUGAAUUUAGGUUUACUGGUGAGGAGACCAAAAAAUUUUGCCAUGGAUUCAUGUUUAUCAUUGACGAUCUCAUUGGUGAUGGCUCAGAUAUAGAGCAACCACACAAUUUCUUUGGCUUGUCAAUGGCAAGAAUGGGCCUUCAUUUAAGAAAUGCCUUGUCUCUUGCUGUCAGAGUCUCAGAUAUUAAGACAGAAGAUUUGCCUAAAUUAGAAGGGGAUUGCAGGAUGUAUUUCAAUUUAGCAUCUCUAUUUCAUUCCACCAAUGUUAGUGUCUGGACAAUGGGACAUUGA